CCGCCUCUCCCGCACACUUGCAUGUUGAAGAAGAACGUCAUCUGCCUCAUACAUCUAGCUUUAGCCGAAAUUAGCUCAGUUAUUCAAGUCAUAGACACUUCGUUUUUAACCGACAGCCUCCGCAGCGGCUAUCCACUUGGUGCUCCCCUGGUUUCACGGUGCCAAACAUGUAUAUUAAAGCCUUAUUCCGGUGCAGGGACAUGCUGAAAGGAGAACUGAUCGUGUGAAAUGCUGGCUAGCCUGUGAUCAGCUAGCUGCCGGAGCCGAAGAGGGGCCGAGAAACAUUAAAACGAGAGAUAAGCCUCAUCACAACAAGCCUGCCACUCAAAGCCACGAGAAGGAGGACUGACAGACACAGUUCCUACAAACUAGCAGUGGGUCUCUCUAGGGCAGAGCCAUGGGUGCGUUCCUGGACAAGCCCAAGACCGAGAAGCACAACUUACAUGGUGAGGGAAACAACCUGCGCUAUGGGCUGAGCUCCAUGCAGGGCUGGCGGGUGGAGAUGGAGGAUGCUCACACAGCUGUGCUGGGGCUUCCUGCUCCUGGUAUGACUGACUGGUCCUUUUUCGCUGUGUACGACGGUCACGCCGGCUCGAAAGUUGCCAACUACUGCUCUAAGCAUCUUCUGGAACACAUAAUCAGCGCUAGCUUUGAGGCAGGAGGGACGCAAGGAUCCCAGGCUGGUUCAGACAGCUCCACCACUGAGCCUCCCGCACCGGUUCCUCUGACAGUGGAGGCUGUGAAAGUUGGUAUCCGGACAGGCUUCCUGAGAAUUGAUGAGCACAUGCGCAGCUUCUCUGACCUUCGAAAUGGCAUGGACCGUAGCGGCUCCACAGCAGUGGGAAUCCUCCUGUCGCCCGACCAUUUCUUCUUCAUUAACUGUGGCGAUUCUCGAGCUGUUCUAUACCGCAACUCACACGUGUGCUUCUCUACACUCGACCACAAGCCUUGCAACCCACGUGAGAGAGAGCGCAUCCAGAAUGCUGGCGGCUCAGUGAUGAUUCAGAGGGUUAAUGGGUCACUGGCUGUAUCGAGGGCCCUGGGGGACUACGAUUACAAGUGUGUGGAAGGGAAGGGCCCCACAGAGCAGCUGGUUAGCCCCGAACCAGCUGUGUUUGAGAUGGUUCGGGCCCCGGAACAGGAUCAGUUUGUGAUCCUGGCGUGUGAUGGUAUCUGGGAUGUCAUGUCCAAUGAGGAGCUGUGCGAGUUUGUGAAGUCUAGGCUUGAGGUGUCUGAUGACCUGGAGAGAGUCUGCAAUGAAGUGGUGGACACCUGCCUGCACAAGGGGAGUCGGGAUAACAUGAGUGUUGUGUUAGUGUGUUUGCCCAACGCUCCCAAAGUGUCAGAGGAAGCUGUGAGGAAAGACGCUGAACUCAACAAUUAUCUGGAGUCUCAAGUGGAAGAGAUGCUGUCUCGGUCAGCGGAGGUGGGGUUUCCGGACCUGGUAACAGUGAUGAGGAACCUGUCCACCGACAACAGCAUGCCCACUCUGCCACCAGGGGGAGGCCUUGCCAGCAAACGCAAUGUUAUUGAAGCAGUAUACAACCGUCUGAACCCGUACAGGGAGGAAGAUGGGAACGGAGCCGAGAUGGAGGACCACUGGUAGCUGUCCAGCACAACUGCCCGAUCAAAAACAGGACCACUUUUCCACACGAGAUCACAUCCAUAGUCACCUUUUUAAUUUCCUCUGGGAUAUUUUUAUUUUUAUUAUUAUUUUUUUUUUAGUACCCCACCCGCCCCACACUGAGAGAUCAAUCCAAGCCGAAUCUUUUUCUUUUACAAAACACACCUGGUGUUGGACGACUGCAAAACAGAUUUUUUUGUUGGUUCUUUUUGUAGAACAAGAACAGGGAAACAUGCAGAACGACUGCAUUGAUAGUCUGAAAGCAGAAUUGCGUACACAGUGUAACCGAGGAGAAGCAAACAAGCACAGUUUCUCUUGCCCGUCGUUUUCUUUGCUUUCUUUGUGGUGGUUGUUUUUGUUGUUGAUUGACUGACGGAGACGCGGGAGCAGCAGCCCUGCUCGGCUCCAACUAAGAAGAGAAGGGAGGACCUCGCAGCUCAGUCAUCUAGCCAGCCAAUACCAAACCAGCCGCUCAUGAACGAGAUACUGAAUAGACUGAAGUGGUUUGUUGGCUUCAUCUUUUUUUCUCGUUUUGUUGGCAUUAUUUCUUAUUAAGUGUGAACGUAACUUGCACCUGACUGGCAGCCAAUCGACCACACAAGCCUACGACUCCCACACACCUCCAAGCUACGCUGUCCAAGUCGGGCGAGCUUUUGGGGGGUUCUGGGCAUUACUGGUACUCAAACUGGGGGGGGGCCCAACACUUUACCUGUCCAACCACCCAGCACGCUCGAAAUGCAUCACUGAACUCCCAGAUUUAAAAAAAACAACAACUUCUGAAGUCCUCACUAUCCAAAGACCUCCUGGUUAAAGCCUCAAAAUCACACGGGGGCUACACACCUGUACAGGAGGGGAGAGUCUGCCUGGCAACACAUUUCAGUUCAGCUCCUCUAUGCCGUGUCCAGGCUGCAACAGGACAUGACACUCAAAGUGUGAUGACUCUUCUUGCACGUCCCUGCUCACUCUCUUUCCUCCCAUCUCUUAAAGGAUAUUACCAAACAGUUGAUUUCUCACUCUUCCCCGCUGUCUGUCUCUCUCUCUCACUCCUUUCGCUUUCGCCGUCUCUUCAUACGACAGAAGACACUCGGCUUUCCUUUGCGUUAGCAGACACAUUGCCAGAAUCAUAAGCUUUUGAGCCUGCUGUUGUUUCAGAGAUAGAAAGAUAGAAAUUAUAUAUUAAAUUCAUAUAAAUAUAUAUAUAUAUAUAUAAAUAGAUAUAUAUUUUGAUUUCUUUAUUUCAUCUUAAUUCCCAGACAUGGUAUUCGUUGUGGCCUAAUGUGUGUGUGUGUGUGUGGUCUGUAUGUGUGUGUGUGUGUAGACAAAUUAAAAACACAGAACAGUUGCACACACAGCGUUCCCGCACAGCAGCUUUCCAAAGACAGGGUUCGGGAUAAAAGGAAUUCCAGCUUCUUCUUUUUCUUCUUCUUCUUCUUCCCCAUUUCUUCUCAACACACGCACACACGCGAACAAUCCUGCUUCUGCUACAGCACGCCUUUUCUAUCUCCCAGAUAUCCUGUGUAAAAGAAAAAACAAAAACAAUGUCCUUUUUUUUAAUGUUUUAUGGUGUAUAUGGCUUUUCAGAGUACUGUGGCUGUGGUCCGAUGGCAGAUAGAUAACAAACGACAAGGGGAGCGUGACCUUGUGCAGCAGAUUGGGAGAGAGAAGUAGUUUUUGUGUGUGUGUGUGUGUGUGUGUGUGUGUGUGUGUGUGUGUGUGUGUUUUCACUGUAUGAAGUAAAGGAUGGACACUGUAGGACAGAUGAGAAUAGGCCCUCCACACGCAGCUGUGUUCACACUGUCACUGAAUCUACACAUUUUUCCGCAGCUACCUUCAGAGACUCCAGAGUCCGUUUCAUUUCUGUCGACCUAAGCACUAAUUCAGAAAUGGAUAUUUAUCAGAAAAGCCUCUUUCUUUCUUUAAAACAAGCUCAUAGACAAAGUGGACACACACACACUUGUCAUGUGUGUUCUUUUAUGUACAUGCAUAUAUACAAACCUGUAAUAUACCCUUUUUUUUUUCCCAGUCAUUCAAUGUGCUUUUUGAAGUGGCAGUAUUGAAAGAGAAUAGGCCUGACAGAGUUUGCUGGCUGAUUUAUGUCCUUGUGGUACACUUACUCUUGGUGCCAUACGACAAAUAGGUACUUGAAUGUGUAGUUCUUUUGCAGUUGCGUUGUUUCAAUGGGACGAUUUCAAUUUUUAUUUUUAUUUUUUUCUUUGUUUGUGGUUGAGGGAGCGGGAGGGACGGGAUCUCUAUAGUUGUGCAUGUUUUGUGAUGGAGGGAGGAGUGUAGUAUUUUGUGUGCGAGUGGGAGAUAGCGGGCAUGUUCAGUGUGGUGUAACACAACGUUAGACAGGAAAAUCAUCAUAAAAUCAUCACAAGAUAAUGUUUGUUUUUUUUAAAUUCAAUUUUAAAUGACAAAAUAGAUGAUUUAAUUUGCAUUGCUUCUGAGUGGAUAUUGUUCCUGAGAUUAAAUCAGUCCAACAUUAUAUUUCCUGACUUUUUAACGUUGUUUUACCACACACUGAACGCAGCCCUCGCUUUGAGUUUAUGUUUAAGCUAUAUCAGACACUGGGCUAGGAGAGGAAUUAAGGGAGGGAAGGAGGGAGAAACAUUUAUUUUUCUGAAUGUAAUUUUUUUUCAUUAUUCACACUGAUUCCACUGCAUGGACUGAAUACGAGCAGCACUGCAGCAUCACAUUUUCUCCUCAUCAGUCAUUUGAUGACAAAACAAAACUCUCUUGGCUCCCUUUUUUGUUUUGGAAAGAAAAAAAAAAUUAAGUACUUGAUCAUUAUUCUUGUUGUUGGAAUAUAAUCUGAAGAGUCACAUGGGAAAGACGUCAGACUUUUUUUCAAAAGGAAACGAGGUGACGCCUGAAUUAUUCGACGCCUGGCUUUGUUGAGUAAAGUUUUUACACGGCGUGCCGUCUCCUGAACCUGACAGUCAUUCUGUGCCGGCUGUGGUUGGAUGAGACCGCGAGGAUGGCACAAGACGAGGUGAGAAUCUGGAAGCGGUGACAACAUGGCACACGUGACAUUCCUCGAGUGGGAUUUUUAAUUUUUUUUUUUCGAGCAUGGAGAUGAACCGUUGUACUCUCUGUCACCUCCUCCUGUCGUCUCUGGUCUCUCUUCAUAUACAUACUAUUUAGAAUUGACAGAUGUGUGAUGGCAAUGAUAAAUUCCACACUCGUUUUUAUUUAUUCCUGUGCUUUUCAGCUCUUAUAAAAAUAAAAAAAAUGCUGUAUUUUGGAGACGGAAUGAGGUAAUGAGAAACUAAAUGUGCAUUUGAGAGUAUAAUGUAUGGCCCACUCAACCUUCACCUUUGACCUUAUUGAGAAGACUAAAGGAAGGCAAGGUUUAUGAAACACCCAGGGUAUUCACCAUUCCUUCUUCCUGUACUAAUUUCCAGUAUGCUAUUGUGAUGUUACAGACCAUACAUUGAACAUAAACGUCAAUAAAAGAUGGAUUUAAGUUUAAA